ACUUUGCCGCCUGUCGUCGCCGCCACCCGCCCGCGAACCGACAAUCCACACACACUCGCGCAUUGAUUACUCGUUUUGCCUGGUCUUGUGUUGUAUCUCAAUUCGCACCAAUCUUUGGCUGCAGCUGUUUCUGGCCCAUCCAUCCUUCUAGUUGUGUGCGUGUGUUCGUGUUACCAGCUCCCGAACGUUGCUAUUUCGAAGGAAAAGAACGCUUCAUAUUUUUUUCACGUUGCCACAGCCGCACUUACACAUAAACAUACACAUACCCAUACAUACAGUGCGCAUUGUUAUUAUUACAAUAAACAUAUUAGAUACGUGCGUGUGUGUGUGCACUAUAUAAUGGUAUAUUUAUAUUACAACGACUGAAGGCUAACCAAAACGUAGAAACUGAGAACCAGAGUACGCAUAAAAAAAAAUCAACUGAAGCGCGACCAGCAGGCUAGCAGCAGGAGAGCUACAUACAUACAUUACAAUACAUACGUGCAUAUGUAUGUACAUAGCUAGAAAUAAAGAGCAUUGCGGGCGCAGCGUGAAAGCAAGCAAGAUAGGAAUAGUAAAAGAGGAGGAGUGAUAUAUAAAGCAUAGUUAAACAAUAUAGCAUAGCUAGUUAAUAAGAGACAAGUUAUAGUUUAAAUCGAUAAAUAUAAGUAGAAAAAAAAUCGUGGCCGCUUAUCACGCAACAUUGACAACGAAACAAAUAUAAGUAUUACAACAAACAACAAGCCCGCGCUCUCACACACAAGCACACACCCGCGACGCACUUACGCACUCAUUGUGAAUCAAUUCGCACAGACGCACACACCACACACUCACUCACACACGCGAAUGACAAGAACGAUAAACAGCAAUUGAAGCUGAAUUGAAAACUUGCUGCAUUGCAAAGCUGCCGACCAUCAUCGACACCUUAUAGACGCCCACAAAGCUCUCGACAACAAGUUGCUCGCAGCCUACACAGCAUUAGCAACAGCGGCAUUUACAACAACAACAACAGCAUAACAUCAACAGAAAGAACAACAACAACUUUAGCUAGAAAAUGAGCUCGCCAAUCGUAACGCGACGCGGUGCACAGAACGCAAAAAUACAAACGCGGGCUAUGGUUAAAUCAAAGUCGGUAGCGACGUCGGGGGUCGUCUCUAUUAUGGGAGCGACGUCGGCUACUGGCAGCAGCGCCGGCAGCGGCUCUCAUGGCUCGACGGGAAACGAAUCGCGCAAACCGAGCGCAGCCCUUUUGGAGGCAAAACGGCGAGCUCGCUUGUUGAAGCACCAGAAUAAUUGUUCCAACAUGAAUGCAGACACUGUUACCGACAUCUUUUCAAAUGCUGUCAAGGCCAAGGGCAUGCAGCGAAAGCCCACAGGUCUGAUAUAUGAUGAAACCAUGAGCCAACAUUGUUGUCUAUGGGAUCCGAAGCAUCCCGAGUGUCCAGAACGAUUCACGCGUGUUAUGGAGCGCUGCCGAGAACUGAAACUCGUCGAUCGCUGCUUGCUAUUGCCCGCUCGUCCCGCGCUUAAAUCCGAGAUCCUCAAACUGCACUCGGCGUCGCAUUACGAACGACUGGAGCAGACAUCAGGCGUGCGCGAUGACGAGCUCAUGGAAGAUCUAAGCUCACACUUUGACUCCAUCUAUAUACAUCCGUCCACUUUCGAGCUGUCACUGCUGGCCAGCGGUUCGACCAUAGAGCUGGUGGAUCUGAUACUGCAGGGUCGUCUUCAGAAUGGAAUGGCUGUGAUACGGCCCCCUGGCCAUCAUGCAAUGAAGUCCGAGUUCAAUGGCUAUUGCUUUUUCAACAAUGUGGCGCUGGCCGCGCAGCAUGCUUUAGACGAUCACAAAUUGCAGCGUGUGAUGAUAAUUGACUACGACGUCCACCACGGCCAGGGCACCCAGCGAUUCUUCUACAAUGAUCCCAGAGUGCUGUACUUCUCGAUACAUCGCUAUGAACAUGGCAGCUUCUGGCCCAAUCUGCAGGAGUCGGACUACUUCGCCAUCGGUGCGGGCAGCGGCACGGGCUACAACUUCAAUGUGCCGCUGAAUGCCACUGGCAUGGGAAAUGGCGAUUAUUUGGCGAUAUUCCAACAAAUACUGCUGCCCGUGGCGUUAGAGUAUCAGCCGGAGCUGAUAAUCGUGUCUGCCGGCUACGAUGCAGCGUUGGGCUGUCCAGAGGGUGAAAUGGAGGUCACACCUGCCUGCUAUCCACAUCUGCUCAAUCCACUGCUCUCCCUCGCGGAGUCACGUGUGGCCGUCAUUCUGGAGGGCGGCUACUGUCUGGAAUCUCUGGCCGAGGGUGCAGCCCUCACCUUGCGUGCCUUGCUCGGUGAUCCCUGCCCGCCCCUGGUGGAGCAUGUGGAGCUGCCUUGCCCCGAAGCUUGCGAAGCUAUCCUGAACUGCAUUUUUACGCAUCGUCCGUACUGGCGUUGCCUUCAACUCCAGCAGCAGUACACUGUCGAGGAACUGAACAAUGUACAGCCAUUGCCGGGUGCCGCGCCACUGCAUCGAGUGCAACGCACCUGGUUGGGCGCACCGCCGCCCCCUGAUCGUUAUCCCACCCGCGAUACGGCGCCGUGCAUACCACCGGAAGUGACGGCUCGCAAGUUAGAGCGCCUGCGUUUGCUGCAAGCGGAGACACGUCUGUCCACGCCCCCUGUGCGUGUGUGCUACGCCUACGAUGAGCAAAUGCUUGAGCACUGCAAUCUUCACGACACAGACCAUCCGGAGCAGCCGCAGCGCAUACGUCAGAUCUACCAAAUGCACGACGAGUAUCAGCUACUGGCGAGAAUGGAACGCGUGGGGACGCGCGUAGCGACGACGGACGAGGUCUGUUUGGCUCACACUCGCUCCCACCUGAAUUUUGUUCGUCGCCUGCUGGGCCGUGAGCGCGAGGAGCUGCAGGAAGUGGGCGCCAACUUUAACUCGGUAUACUUCCAUCCGCGCACCUUUGACUGUGCGACCUUGGCGGUUGGUUCAGUGCUCCAGGUAGUCGACAGUGUUAUGCAGGCGAAGGCUCGCAGUGGCGUCUGCAUUGUCCGUCCGCCCGGCCAUCACGCCGAGUCCGAUCAGCCGCAUGGCUUCUGUAUAUUCAAUAAUGUGGCCAUUGCCGCUCAGUAUGCCAUACGCGACUACGGACUGCAGCGUGUACUCAUUGUCGACUGGGAUGUGCAUCAUGGCAAUGGCACUCAACACAUCUUCGAAUCGAAUCCCAAGGUCCUGUACAUGAGCAUCCAUCGCUACGAGCACGGCAGCUUCUUUCCCAAGGGACCGGACGGCAACUACGAUGUGGUGGGCAAGCAGGCUGGCCGCGGUUUUAAUGUCAACAUACCGUGGAACAAGAAGGGCAUGGGGGAUCUGGAGUAUGCAUUGGCCUUCCAGCAGCUGAUCAUGCCCAUUGCGUACGAGUUCGAUCCGCAGCUGGUGCUCGUCUCGGCGGGCUUCGAUGCCGCAAUUGGUGACCCCUUGGGUGGCUGCAAAGUGACUCCCGAGGGUUAUGGCCUAUUCACCCACUGGCUGUCUGCGCUGGCCGGCGGGCGCAUCAUUGUCUGUCUGGAGGGCGGCUACAAUGUCAAUUCCAUUUCCUAUGCCAUGACCAUGUGUACGAAGACGCUGCUUGGGGAUCCAAUACCGACACCCCAGUUCAAUGCAGCCGCACCACGACCACCCACGGUCGCGUAUCUGAGCUGCCUGGAGACGUUGCAGAGCUGUUUGCAGACGCAGCGACAAUUCUGGAAAUCGUUGGCCUUCUGUAGCAAACUGCCGCAGUUUGUAAGCGAGAACAACAACGAGGAUUUUCUUACUGCUACCUUGCAGCAGUUAAAUAUUUCAAAUGACGAUGCGCAAGGCGCGGCGGGCGGACCAGGCGGCGAUCGUGCCGGCUCUGGGGUCGAGCGGCCGAGUGGCAGCAAACCCAAAGUCAAGGUAAAAACGUUGACCGAGUUUAUGGCGGAGCACAAGGAGGCGCUCGAGCAGGAAGAAAUGUUUGCCAUUUAUCCGCUCAAGACUUGUCCGCACUUGAGUCAAUUGCGACCGGAGGAGGCGCCGCAAUCAAUAGACACAAGCGCGGUGUGCACCGAAUGCGCUUCAACGGAGGAGAACUGGAUGUGCCUGAGCUGCUUCGCCAUCGGUUGCGGCCACUACGUGAAUGAGCACAUGGAGCAGCAUUUCCAUCGCGUGCACCAUCCACUGGUGCUGAGCUUUAGAGAUCUGUCUGUUUGGUGCUACGACUGUGCCUCUUACGUCGAUAACCCACGCCUCUAUAUCUAUCAAAACUUGGCUCACAUCAAUAAAUUUCAAGAGCCGAUGCCCUGGACCCACAGCUGUGCCCAGCGCGACGAUUCUCGCUAUGACAGCGAUGCGAACAGCGAUGGUGAUGAUGAUGGCGGUGGCACUAGCGGCGGCGGCGGCGAAGGUGGAGAUCCCAAUGCGGUAGCAACCAGCAGCAAUAGCAUCUUCAUCCAGCUGGAGCGCAACAACUGACCCUUGCUGCUCCGCGUGCUGGACGCCCUCACGGACUACAUUUGCACGCUGUGCCCGCCACUUAGACACAUCCUGCACUUCCUGCUCGAGCAUUUCUGGCCGCUGCUGGAGCGCAUUUACCUUAAGUUACUACACUACUUUAUGGCCAAUUGAGUUUGGCCAUCACCAGCAUCGUCAUGAUGCCGCAAAAUUUCUGUCAUGUCAUGUCAUGUCCAGUUCCCCUCCCCCAAUCACAUUUUUCGGUGUCACAAAGCGCGCGACUUGGCCUCGAAACGAAAUUCUUGUUAAUAACUGGGGACCUCGAGCUCCUCUCCAAUGUAUACAAAUUAAGUUUUGCAUAAAAAUUGUUAUAAAUGUUAUAUAAAUAACUAAUAUGUAAUAAAAAUGCAAUUAUCAGAGCUAA